AUGUCCUGCAACCGAAUCGCAAACGUUGAUGGAAAUGAUGAGACGCAUCAUAACUGCAUGAUGUGCUCAAAACCUGACGACGAGCAGACCAUGGUGGCCUGUGAUGUGUGUUCCAGGUGGGGCCAUUUUUCGUGUGUCGGAGUGGAUUCGUCAAUCAAAGAUCAUCCAUGGACAUGCGCGGAUUGUAGCGCUGCAGCUAAAAAAGGAACGUCAUCUCGUUCAAGCAAGUCCGGGAUGUCAUCAGCUUCACGACUCACUCUUCGGAUGAGAAAGUUGGACGAGGAAAAGGACGUGCAAAUGCAAAUUCUGGACGAAAAGGAAAAAGUGCAGCUAAAUAACGUCGCCAAAAAAUACGCUUUGCUGGCACAAGAAGCUUUAGCUGAAGACGGCGAUGUGAGUGUUCGGAGUAGGAGAAGUUUGAAAAGCACCGACAGUAAGGUACAGCAGUGGUUAUACCAAAAUCCGGUUCUGCAGAUGGGUACGGCAGUGGCAGAAACAACCCAAGCACCAUCUGGCAUCAAUGCAGGUAUUGGUAAACAAGCUGGGACCCAGCUGCCAGCAGUCACUUCAACGAACAACGCCGUCUACACUGGAGCAAUGAAGAAGAAUAGGCCAGGUAUGUUGCCGACGACGCAAGUGAACCCCGGUAGUGCCGAAGCUUUGCAGUUCCCUGCAUAUUUACAGUUUUUGCCACCAAAUUCUUUUGUCCCACAAAUGACAUCCACACUCCACCAACCAAUUGUAACGGGAAACAAUUACCCGGCUUUUCCCAUGGUGUCAUAUUGUACGGGAGCUCCGAUAGUUUCGAGUUUGCCAACCAUUGGGACCAAAGUCAAACAACCGAACAUUCCCGCCGGCUACAAUCAACAAUGGGAACCAGUGCCCCCGCCAGUGAAUGCCGUGCCAUUCCCUGUUGCCCAUCCGAUUACGUCGAUGGCUCACAAUCAACCGAUGGAAUAUCAACCGAGAUAUCAGCAUCCGACGAAUUACGACCAAGGAGCAAGAGAACACGACGGGAACUGGAAUCGAUUCCAACGUCAGCUAGCGGCCAGGCAAGUGGGCUAUAAGGAGUUACCAGUUUUCAAUGGCAAUCCCGAGGAUUGGUCACAGUUUAUUUCCAGCUAUCGGAACUCAACCAGUGUUUGUGGCUUUUCGGAUUCGGAGAAUCUGCUGCGAUUGCAGAAGUCGCUCAAGGGAAGCGCACUCGACGCGGUUCGGAGUAAUUUAUACGAACCUGCGUCGGUUCCACUGGUGAUGUCAAUGUUGGAGAAUUUAUUUGGAAACCCGGAACGACUAGUACAAGCUUUGCUGCAGAAAGUCAGAAGCACGCCCGCACCUAAACCCGACCGGCUUGAGACACUCAUCAAUUUUGGUGUUGCGGUUCAGAACCUGGUGGGCCAUAUGAGGUCUGCGAAUCUACGGUCACAUCUGACCAACCCCAGCCUGAUGCACGAGCUUGUGCAAAAACUUCCAGCAAAUUAUCGUCUUGACUGGUCUUUGCACAUGAGAAGAAUGGACAAAGUGGACUUGGAAGUUUUUUGCGACUACAUUUCGGUUCUUGUCUCAGCUGCCAACGAUGUUACGUUCACGUAUGAAGCUCCAUCGAAUAGAUCAACGAAACCGGAAAAGAAAGAUCGAGACACGGCCUUCAUUCACACUCAUGUUCAACCACAGGAGGCACGUAGUGAUCGUUUCACCAAAAAGGAACAACCUCGGCUGCAGAACGAAUCAAAACCGUGUUUUGUCUGCCGUAGUACUACGCAUCGAAUUCGAGACUGCCUGGACUAUAAAUCGUUAACAGUCCCCGAUCGUUGGAAGCUAGUGUCUGAGCACAAGUUGUGCCACAAGUGCCUGAUUCCACAUGGGAAGUGGAUUUGCAAAUCGAAGCGCAGGUGUGAGAUCGCUGGUUGCGAUCAGGAACACCAUACCCUACUACACCCAGGUCAACCGAAGGAGAGCUCUUCAGCGACGAUUGCAUUUCAUCAGCAGAUGAAAUCGGCUACAUUAUUUCGAAUUGUGCCGGUUAUUUUGUACAACGGAACAGCCAAACUGCAUACAUUCGCCUUCCUCGACGAUGGUUCGUCGACAACGCUUUUGGAACAAUCCGUGGCGGAUCAGCUGGGUGUUAAUGGUGUUCACCUUCCGCUCUGUAUGAUCUGGACAGCGAACGUGACUCGACGUGAAAACAGCUCAAAAAAGGUGAAUCUCGAGAUUUCUGGAUUGCGCAGUGAAAAGCGUGUACCACUUCAAGGCGUACGCACGGUUGAAAAACUCGACCUUCCGGUGCAAUCGCUUUGCUAUGAUUAUUUGGCUCGACGAUAUCCCUAUUUGGGAAAACUGCCAGUGGACAGUUACCAGGACGCAAUCCCGAAAAUAUUGAUUGGACUGGACAAUUUCAAGGCUGCAGUUCCAGUAAACAGACGUGAAGGUCAAGCACACGAGCCGGUGGCGUUGAAAUCCAGAAUAGGAUGGACGAUUUGUGGCAACGUUAGUGGUUCCAGCAAGUGUUCACAAGUACUGAAGGUUUCUCCGUCUUUGCACAUCUCUGAGUGUCCAGAGGAUAAAAAUCAGCCCAAUUUGCACGAUCUCGUGAAAGGAUUUUUCGCUGUUGAACGCCUGGGCAUCUCGGCGACCCCAGUCGCGCAAUCAGGAAACGAUCGACGGGCGGUGGAUAUUUUGAACAGAACCACUCGUUUUCGUGAAGACGGGCAUUACGAAACGGGCCUACUCUGGCGCUACGAUAAGUUUAGCUUUCCCCCGAGCCGUAGUAUGGCAGAAAGGCGGAAUCAAUGCCUACAGCGAAAAUUGGGUAAGGAUCCCGAGUUACGUGUGAAGGUGAAUAAGCAGAUACAAGACUACCUGGCCAAAGGGUACGCUCAUAAAGCUAGCGAACAGGAGUUAAAUGAGUCAGACCCCUACAGAACAUGGUAUCUUCCGAUUAGCGUGGUCACCAACCCAAAGAAGCCUGGGAAACUACGCAUCGUCUGGGAUGCGGCAGCGAAAUCCGGAAACGUUUGUCUGAAUGAUAUGCUCCUGAAAGGUCCGGACAUGUUAACUGCGUUGCCGACUGUUUUGUACCGUUUCCGGCAAAGACAAGUGUGCGUUACUGGGGACAUUCGAGAAAUGUACCACCAGGUGAAAAUUCGACGGGAAGAUCAGCAAGCGCAGAGAUUUUUGUGGUCCGAGGAACCGAAUUCGCAACCGGAAGUGUACGUGAUGGACGUGGCCACGUUCGGUGCUACGUGCUCACCCUGCUCGGCACAGCACAUAAAGAAUUGGAACGCUAAACGAUGGGAGGAGCAGUAUCCAGAAGCAGUCGAGGCCAUAAUCGAGGGCCACUAUGUGGACGACUAUGCGGAUAGCAGGGACACCCUGGAAGAAGUCGUUGAACUUACCCAAACGGUUCGUAUGAUACACUCGUCAGCAGGUAUGGAGUUAAGGAAUUUUCUAUCGAAUUCGAGUCAAGUUCUCUCUCAACUCGGACAAGAAUGUGUUACGGAACCGAAGCAAUUUAGCGACAAUACAGUGUACCAAAGCGAACGCGUACUUGGUAUGACUUGGUACCCAGACAGCGAUCAGUUCGGCUACAGAGUUCUGCUACGGGAUGAUUUGCAACAAUUGAUUGUCGGAAAAUUAAUUCUUUCGAAAAGAAUGAUAUUGAAAUUCGUCAUGAGUCUGUUUGACCCUUUAGGCUUACUUGCGCAUUUGUUGAUACAGGCCAAGGUGUUGAUCCAAACGUUGUGGAGAAACUCUGUGGGCUGGGAUGAUCCAGUUCCACCGGAGAUCGAAUCACUAUGGACGAGAUGGUUAGAUGUGUUCCGAGAGAUGGAUGUAGUGAGAAUCCCACGUUGCUACUUUCCCCAUUAUGCGAAAGAUAGUUAUCAAACGUUGCAAAUGCACGUAUUUGUUGAUGCAGGAGAGAACGCAUAUUCAGCUGUGGCAUACUUCCGGAUAGUUGACUGUGGACAGCCUCGAUGUAUUUUAGUGUCUUCCAAAGCCAGAGUGGCUCCAUUGAAGCCGUUAUCAAUGCCCCGCUUAGAGCUAGAAGCAGCAGUAAUCGGUAGCCGAAUGUCAAAAUCAAUUGCCCAAGGACACUCUAUUCCAAUCAAGAAAAAGUUCUUCUGGAGCGAUUCCAGCACGGUAUUGUCAUGGAUCAAGUCGGAUGCCAUGAAGUACCGGCCGUACGUGGCGUUUCGAGUGGGUGAAAUCCAAGAACUGACCAACGUUGAUGAGUGGCGCUGGGUCCCUACCAAAGAAAACGUAGCGGACGAGGCGACAAAAUGGGGAAAAGGUCCCUGUUUGAAAUCGGAUAGCAGAUGGUUCAUCGGGCCAGAGUUCCUGUACCUUGCUGAAGCGGAAUGGCCACAGAAGGUGGUUAAGCCAGUUGAGAUCGUCGAGGAACUGCGACCGAUACAUGUGCAUCGAGAAGUGAAGGACCAGCUGUACGAUUUAGGAAAGUUUUCCAAGUGGGAACGUCUUUUGCGAACCGUGUCGUUCAUGUUCAGUUGGAGGAAUCACGUUAGAAAAACUGGCCAGGUGAAAAAAGCAACUACGGUAGGCGAACUGAGACAGAUUGACUUCGAGUACGCUGAAAGAGCUCUAUGGCGUCUUGCUCAAAGUGAGGCGUACCCGGAUGAAAUCAUCAUAUUGGAAAAACUCAAGUCGGAUCCCAAAAACUUAAGCUGCAAACUGGAGAAAACCAGUCCUCUUCGUAAGCUGUCGCCGUUUGUAGACGAAACGGGAAUUAUAAGAAUGCAGAGCAGAACCGAGUAUUCGCCGUUUGCUGCGUAUGAUGCCAAGUACCCUAUCAUUUUGCCCAAAGGUCAUCGUGUGACGGAGUUGCUAAGCCGUUGUACGUCGGGUGGCGAAAGGAUGCUGUUGUGUAAGGUGUACAAGGCGAAACCGGAGGCGCCACGAAUGGCGCCUCUUCCGGAAGAACGAGUGACACCGGGAGGAAGGCCGUUUUCCGUAGUAGGCAUCGAUUACUUCGGUCCAUAUUCGAUCAAGAUUGGGCGAUCCAACGUCAAGAGGUGGGUGGCCUUAUUCACCUGCCUGGUGGUGAGAGCGGUGCACCUGGAAGCGGUCACGUCAUUGUCAACUGAAGCCUGUAAGCUUGCUAUACGCCGAUUCAUCGCACGCCGUGGACCCCCACUGAAGGUGUUCAGUGACAAUGGCACGAACUUUGUCGGCGCGAGUCGCGAGCUCCGGAACGAAAUAAAGAUGCUGAAUGAAGGGUUAGCUUCGACGUUCACGAACGCGGAAACCGAAUGGCUCUUCAAUCCCCCUUCCUCUCCGCACAUGGGCGGUGCGUGGGAGAGGAUGGUGCGCACGGUGAAGGUGGCAAUGAAUGCUUUACAUGAAUCUCGUUCUCCGACAGACGAAGUCUUUGUCACUGUUCUUUGUGAAGCGGAAUCCAUCGUCAACUCCAGGCCGUUGACACACCUCCCCUUGGAAACAGCUGACCAGGAAUCUUUGACACCCAACCAUUUUUUGCUGCUUAAUUCCCAUGGUGCUAAACAACCAGAAAAGCGUCCAACCAGCGAACGAGAAGCAUUGACCAGCGGGUGGAAUCAGUGUCAGAAGCUGCUAGAUACGUUCUGGCAAAGAUGGGUGAAAGAAUAUCUCCCAACACUCAAUCGAAGGACGAAAUGGUACGAUGACGUGAAGCCUAUAGUAAUCGGUGACCUGGUAUUCAUAGCUGAUGAUGGUAUUCGUAACCGUUGGAUCCGUGGCAAGGUUGUACGUACAGUUCCAGGGAAAGAUGGAAGAACGCGUCAGGCCUAUGUUCAAACUGGAAACAUGGGAAUCAUGAAAAGACCGGUGGCGAAGCUGGCAAUCGUGGACGUGAGAGAAUCGGGUAAAGCUGCUGAUCCGGAGCAUCUUUACGGGGCGGAGGAUGUUGCCACGGAUUUAAUCAUCGAUAAAGUGUUAGAAGCUAAGCGUGUAGGAGGUAAAAAGAGAGAAGAAUAA